AUGCACCACAUAAUGGAGCAUGUUGGCAGGAGGUCAGGUGCACGCGGCGACGUUGCCGGAGAUGACCCGAAAGCCCGACGGGCCAAACGUCGAACUAUGAUGGUGUAUGCGACUGUACCGUUCUCCUUGGUUCGGGUUGCCCGGAGUUGUGGUUGCAACCUGCUUCUUAUUUGGGCUGAGGGUGUCCUCUCUCUCGAGUCCGUCGGUAGUGGGCCUGAAGAGUUGGAGGCCCGGGUAAUGAAAGCAUUCGUGCUGCAUGAUGAUCUUGGGAAGUUCGCUCGGUCGACCAUCUUGAAAAAGUUGAGGCAUGGGGACAUAAGGGUGUUGUUGACCAACGAGCUUUCGGCCAGGGGAUUGGAUAUUCAGAAUGCGAUCUUAGAUGUGAGGGUGUUGUUGACCUAUCAACCCGAUUCAUUACGCGCAUCGGGCGGGACGAAUGAGCCGUCUCGGAAGGAAGGGUACUAUGGUCACUAUCUCUUGGGCCACGCCAGACGUGACUUGAGUCACGUCGUGAAGGUGGUAGGCUCGUUGGCCAUGGCGGCACGACAGAAAUUAACAGCCGGUAGCGGUCGACUGCAGUUCGGGGCAGUCGGCCGCGACUCAGCAACGACGCUGGAGGUUGGACGACAGUUUGCGACUGACCGGCUGAGGUGGUCUGGGGCGGAUGAGCGGCCGGUUGCGGCGGUCCAGGGAGGCUGA